GCAGUACAAGGUUUAUCGCCUCAAGUGCCACAUUGCUGGGGUCUAAGGAGUUGCCUCACUUCUCGUUUCAUUUUAUUCGACUCAACGCUACCGAUAAGACCAAUCCCCGAGGAGCUCCGCGUUCACCGAAAUGGAAUACUUCGGUGGCACACUCGCAUUUAUCGCACUGUUUCUACUGAACACAGCGAUAUGCGAGACAACCUGUGGAUUCGAGGCAUGUCCCGCACCGAAACUCAACAUGAUCAAUGUGCACUUGGUGCCGCAUUCGCACGACGACGUUGGAUGGCUAAAGACAGUGGAUCAGUAUUAUUAUGGUAGUCAGAACAAGAUACAGCACGCUGGAGUCCAGUACAUUUUGGACACCGUGGUGGAGGAGCUCCUCAAGGAUUCGUCGAGGCGCUUCAUCCAGGUGGAAACGUUUUUCUUCGCAAAAUGGUAUUCGGAGCAAACCGAAACGGUCCAAAGGGCGGUAAAGAAGUUGGUGGCCCAAGGACGUUUGGAAUUCGCUGGUGGAGCUUGGAGCAUGAACGAUGAGGCCACCGUUCACUACCAAAGUGUUAUAGAUCAAUUCAAUCUGGGCUUAAGAUAUCUUAAAGAUACUUUUGGCGAUUGUGGACGCCCCACAGUUGGUUGGCAAAUCGAUCCAUUUGGUCACUCCCGGGAAAUGGCAUCCAUGUUCGCACAAAUGGCAUUUAAUGGUGAAUUCUUCGCACGCAUGGACUACGUUGAUAAGAAGCAACGUAUGCUGGAUCUGGAAAUGGAGAUGAUUUGGCAGUCGAGCGAGUUCCUAAAGAACUCAAAUAUAUUCACUGGCAUGCUCUACAAUCACUAUGCAGCUCCUCCGGGAUUCUGUUUCGAUAUCAAUUGCGAGGAUGCACCAAUUAUCGAUGGCGAGAGCUAUGAUAAUAACGUGGAUGCGAGGGUCAGCGAGUUUAUAGACUAUGUGAAGAACAUGGCCAAGUCGUAUCGAUCCACUCACAUCAUGGUGCCCAUGGGCGAUGAUUUUCAGUACGAAGAUGCGGCAGUUAACUUCAAGAAUAUGGACAAACUUAUCAAGUACGUCAACGAUCGCCAAUCGACGGGAUCCCAAGUCAACGUAUUUUACUCCACACCCUCGUGUUAUCUUUAUGAAUUGCACCAGUUGAAGCAAACUUGGCCAAACAAAACGAAGGACUUCUUUCCGUAUUCCAGCGAUUCGCACUCCUACUGGACAGGAUACUUCACCUCACGACCCACCCAAAAGCGUUUCCACAGGGAUGGCAAUCACUUCUUCCAAACUGUUAAACAGCUGAGUGUGUUGGCCAAUUUGAGUGGCACCCAGCACUCCGAAGAUCUGGAUAAUCUGAGUCAGGCAAUGGGCAUAAUGCAGCAUCAUGAUGCUGUUACGGGUACCGAAAAACAGGCGGUUGCCAGCGAUUACGAUCGCAUGUUGUUCAAGGCCAUCGUUGGAGCUGAAAACAGUGCUCGGGAUGCACUACGAUCUCUGACCAAUCUGACCUCCGGGGAGUUCAAGAGUUGCCUGGAACUGAACAUAAGUGUUUGUGCCUUCACCCAGGAUACAGCCAACAAUGUGAUUGUGACCCUGGUUAAUCCUUUGGCUCAUUCCUCAACCCAAUAUGUGCGUGUUCCGGCGAAGAACGAGAAUUAUAUAGUCACCGAUGAGAAAGGUCGUGAGAUGUUUUCGGAAGUGGUUCCCGUUCCUUGGCAAGUUUUGGCGUUGGAACAUCGACCUAAUGAUACCCAGCACGAGUUGGUUUUUAAAGCCAGUGUUGAUAAAAUAGCCAACUUUUUGAUUCGCGUGCUACCAACACCGAAAAAUAUUGCAGAAGAUCAAGUCUAUUUUCCCGCAGAGAGAAGCCAGGAUGAGUUAACAGUAGAGACUUCGCUGGUAAAACUGACCUUUGAUACCACAACCGGUGGCUUGAAAACUGUGGAAAUGAACGGGCUUACGGAAAAUAUUCAGCAGACCUUUGGGAUAUACAAGGGUUAUCGCGGCAAUAAUGGUGAAUCGAAAAACCGAUCAUCCGGCGCUUAUGUUUUCCGUCCAUCUGGCGAUAUUGAAAUAGUGAACAGCAAGGUGGAGCUAACGUUCUAUAAUGGCACCAGGGUUAAGGAAGUCCAACAGCAUGUGAACGAAUGGAUCUCCCAGGUAAUCCGGAUCUAUGAGGACGUGAAUCGUGUUGAAUUUGAAUGGCUGGUCGGACCGAUUCCAACGGAUGAUGAUGUUGGCAAGGAGAUAAUCACCCGGUUUUCAAGCAAUAUAUCCUCGAAGGGCAAGUUCUACACGGACUCGAAUGGUCGCGAAAUCCUGGAGCGAGAGAGAAACCAACGGGAGCACUUCACUCCGGAUAUGUCGGAGGCCAUAAGUGGAAACUAUUACCCUGUGACUGGUCAAAUUUCGCUACAAGAUGACGAGAAGCGAAUCACCCUGCUGAAUGAUAGAGCGCAGGGAGGAUCCAGCCUGAAGGAUGGCGAACUGGAGCUGAUGCUCCAUCGUCGCCUCUUGAACGAUGAUGCAUUUGGAGUGGGUGAAGCGCUAAAUGAGAUACAAUAUGGAACUGGUUUGAUUGCAAGAGGAAAGAUCUACCUAAUCCUCGAUGCUGUAGCUGGGAAACCAAAUCAAAGAUUGCUGCAACACCAGUUGGAUCAACACUUCUGGAAGUUCUUUAGCAAGUCCAAUGGCGUCGCCUCUGUAAACAAGAACAUGAUUCCCGACUUUUUCGGUAUUCCCAAAUCCGUGGAAUUGCUUUCUUUGGAACCUUACUCAAAGGACCAAAUAUUAAUACGACUGGAGAACUUCAAUACGGAAGGAAACGUAGUUAGCUUCAACAUUUACCCACUUUUUGAGUCGCUAGAUGGAUAUCAGAUUUGGGAAACCACUCUGGAUGGCAAUAUGCUGUUGGAGGACGUAAAGAGAUUCAAAUUUGCCCAAGAUGGCACCGGUAACAUUCCUUCCUCCGUUGAAUAUUACCAUGCUCCUCACAGCCCCUUGACGGCCAAUUCAACGAUGAACGCCUCCGGAUUCGUGGUCACACUGGUUCCCAUGCAGAUUCGCACAUUUAUAAUCCAACAAAAGUAUAUACCAUCAUGAAUCAAUAAAGAAAUAUAACGACUUUGCAAAAAUA